GCGGCCCCCUCCGCCUGGAGCCCCGGAACAUGCGCUGCGAGCCGAGGCGGUCCCCGCGGCUCAGCUCCGUCCCGCCACCUGCUCCGGUGUCGCCCGAUUCCUCGCGCUCCGAAGGCCGCCCGCGCAUCCCGCCGGCCCGGCCCUGCCCGCCCUGCGGACGCCGCGGGGGUUGCCAAGCGGCGGUGCGCUACCCCGAGGCCGGGCCGGGCUUUCAGAACGGCCGCCGAAGCCCACCGCGCCGGCGUCGCGCUCCGGGCACUUCGCGGCGCCUGGAGUCUCUCAGCCGGCGCGGCGGGAGAGAGAGGCGGGAAGGCCGGCGGCUGUCCGAGGAGACCCUUUCCCCGGCGGGGGGGCCGUCGCCAUGGAGACGGGGCGACGACGGAGCCAAUGGCGGGCGCCGCCGGGGGACGGUUUGUCUGCCGUCACACCUCCGGCUCCCCCCCUGGCGGCUGCCCCUUUCCCGCCCGGCCCUCCGCGCUCUCGGCUCCCCGCCGCCCUCGGGCUUGCUGCGCUCCGCUGCGGGCGAGGGCGACUGGCGGGGCCGGCGGGCUCGGGGCUCGGGCAGUCCCGCGAUGGAUUUGCUGCUGCCGGGGGGCUCGAUGGGCGCCUUUCGGCUGCUCAACACCGUCCUGGAGCGCCUGGUGCCGCCGCCCUCCCCGGCGCAGCCGGUCCGCUGGAAGUGGCGCAACAUUUGGACGUCGCUGGCCCACAGCCUGCUGAGCGGCUCCUGGGCCCUACUCGGGUUCUACUUCUACCCCCCGAUGGGCGAGGAUCUCAUCGACCACUUCUCGCCUUCCGCGCACUGCUUGCUGGGGAUCUCCAUCGGUGAUCCUUUGCUUCGGCUUUGCCUUCCUGGUUCGUCGCUUCGUGGGUUUCGCCAUGGUGGCUCUGCUGGUGGAGAUCAACUCCGUCUUCCUGCACCUCCGGAAGAUCCUGCAGAUGGCUGGCUUGGCCAACACCGCCUCCUUCCGCCUCACCAGCCUGGUCAACCUUGGCACCUACUUGGUGUUUCGUAUCCUGAUCUUGGCCUGGAUGAGCCAUUGGCUGGCCCUGAACUGGGAGAACGUCCCAGCAGUGCCCUGUGCCAUGGGCAUGAUGGGCAUGGCCAUCAUGCUGCCCAUCAACGUUGUCCUCUUCUACCGUCUGCUACGCAGCGAUCUACUCCCGUCUCACAAGAAGUAGCAGUUCCCGGCCAAGCGCCAGGGGAAGGGAGAAGGAGCCGGAGCAAGGCAGACAGCACCCACGCAAGCAGGAGGAAGGGGUUUCCCCAGCUGCUCAGGAGGCGCCCCCCCCCCCGGCUGCCCAGCGAUGCAAGUCGGGAGCAGGGCCAGCCUUUCUGGAGAGCCUCGUGGAAGAGUGUCAUGGUGCUGUUUGGCGGGAGGGCCGGGAGUGAUGGUCUCACAGCAAGGUGUGCUUCGCUUUGCCCUCCCUGAGGUAGGGGCCUUAUUGAAAUGACUUCGCCCUGUGCAUCUGUGUUCUGAUGUUUACUUCUGCUACACUUCCCCGUGCAAGGUGAGCCUCCUGAGAACAGGUGCUCUUAGCCCCACCCCUUCCCUUCCACCCCCACCCCGUGGCAAUAGCCAGGAAGCUGCUGGGCCGUGGAAGGAUAUGGCAGAGAGAUUGUCUCCCCUUCCCCACCCUGAUGCCUACGGCGGACUCUCUGGAGAAUAGCACUUCUUAAGGAACCUCCCUGGUUGGGGUUUGAUUGCUCUGUAGGUAAAUUUCACCAGCUCUGGUACAAAAGAGACUAGAACAGACUUGGGAAUCGUGGGAAAGAAAAAGAAGCAAGGAUGGAUCACUAUCGCUGGAGUUUUGCUGGGAUUAUCACUGUCACACAGCGGUUCACCCUUUCUUCCCUCCCAAGAGUUACGAACAGGUCCUGCAGUUGAGCCGAGGAAGGCAGCAUUCCAAGGCUAUUCAGGCAUGUUUGCUGCUGUCAGCAACAGAGCCGAGGCCCGUUUCUGGGACUGUCACCCUGAUGCCACCUGCCAGUGCCUUUAGCCCACUAAGUGCCAAGUAAUUGUCUCUAAACUGGGAUUACAAAGCAGUUAUGUGAUUUUUUAUGUGUGUAACAAGAUGUUACAAGAUGUGUGUGCACACAAUAAUAAAGAAACUUUAGCAAAUGCUAAUUGUUUGGCCCUGCUUGGCAGGCAGGCAGAGCCUCUGCGGUUUGGUUUACGGAGGGGAAGUUUUUGAUCCCGAAAGGCAGCAGCCUGAAGGCAAAGCGGCUGCCCAGGGUGGAAACAGCCCCCUCCGUCCCUAUGAAGAGAAAUGGGGAUACGCAAGGAUGAUGCAACUCCCAAAGGAGAGGAGGCCAUAGAGGUACCCAGAUGCAUCCUCACUACACUCUGCAGGGAGAAAACCGAACCUCCCCCAUCCACGCAGUGGCCAGACCCUGCACUCAUUCAGGCAGAUGGGGCUGCGCCUGCAAGCAACCCUCCAGCGCAGGAGCAUAGGGUUCGACCACUGACGUCCAGGGAGGGUCUCUCUCCUCUGGGUCACAGAGGUCCCCAGGGCGCUUUUCCAAAAGGCAGCUGGACUUUCUCGGCUAUUCCUUGAAGACGUUU